AUGCCACCGGCAGCGACAGCGAGGGGCUCCCAACACCUUCGUCCUCACAAGCUAAUCCCUUACCUCGCCUUCACACUCUUUUUCGCCAUUUUUAUCUUCAAGGUAGAUAUCGUUAUAUUCCAAAAACUCUCUGUUGCUCGACGUAACCCAGAAAGCGCGAGGCCAACUUUAUAUGUGGGCAACGGUACAUUUAACCGGCAUUUUGUGACUGCGUGGGGCGCAGAUCGGGCUCAAAUACACGAGGAUGAGGAGCUGCUUAUUCUGUCGAUGGACAGGCUGUCGGGCUCUGGCAUCGAGUCCAAGAAAGAAUUUAUGUUCGGAAAAAUCGACAUGCAAAUCAAGCUUAUCCCCGGAAACUCUGCCGGCACAGUUACAACUUUCUUCUUGUCAUCAGAAUCAGAAGGUGAUAAGCACGACAAAAUAGUUUUCCAGUUUUUGGGGAAUUCGAGUGGAAAUCCCUACACUCUUCACACGAAUGUGUACGUUCAUGGCAAAGGUGAUAGGGAACAACAGUUUUCGCUAUGGUUUGAUCCGACCGAAGAUUUCCACACCUACUCGAUUCUUUGGAAUCCCAAGUGCAUUAUCUUCUACGUUGAUGACAUCCCAAUAAGACAAUACAAGAAUGAUGAAAAAUCGGGCGUGUCGUAUCCGAAAAAUCAAGCCAUGAGAGUAUAUGCAAAUAUAUUCAAUGCCGAUGAUUGGGCAACACAGGGCGGUAGAGUUACAACCGACUGGUCCUUAGCCCCAUUUAAGGUUUUAUUUCGAGAUUUCGUGGCCGAUGGUUGCAUUUGGUUUUUCAGAAGAAAAAGCAGUUCCUGCACGCCCGCGGAUUUCAGGACAAAACCCGUUCUGACAAUUGAGCUGGAUCGAGUAAGCCGAGAAAAGAUGAAGAUGCUGCACGAAGAGCGUAUGACUUACGAUUAUUGUAAGGAUACAUGGAGGUUUCCAGAGGGGCCUAGCCCUGAAUGUGAGAUUAAUUAG